GAUUUUAGUUUUUGUUUCGUCAUGUCGUUGACGUUUCAAUUGUUUUCAAUCGCUUUGUUUCUCAUUCAAGAAAUGCUCGAUGAUGCAAGCUUGGGUUAGAGGUGAAUCCUGUUCUAGGCACUUCUUUGAUUGAUUUAUACACCCAAGUUUGUAGAAGCAUACAAAUUGCUUGAAUUUGUCAAGGGUGGUGAUAUUAUGUCAUGGAUAACGAUGAUUUCUUCAUUAAUUAAAACUAGUAAAUGGAGUGAAGCUCUACUAGAAAUCUAUGUCAAGAUGAUUGAAACAGGUGUUUGUCCAAACGAGUUCACAUUUGUUAAACUCUUAGGCUUGUCUUAUUUUCUUGGUUUGGGUUAUGACUUAUGGGAAGCUACUGCAUGCACAGUUAAUCAGAUUUAGUAUUGAAAUGAAUUUGGUAUUGAAGACAGCCAUUAUUGACAUGUAUAGGAGGCUAGAGACUUUUCUCCUGAAGGUUUUUUUGCUGUCUCAGUUUUGUUAUUUCUGUUUUGAAUAAACUGAUUCAAUGAUAUUUUUGGAGUCUUACUUAGCUCUUUGUUAGAUGUUCUUUCUCUUUGUUACUUCUGUUUUGACUACUUUUUCAGCACUCUUUUAGUUGUGCAAGGUUACACAAGCAAAUCCUUGUGCAUAUUAGAGGGACCCAUUGAACUUACAAUGAUAAUGUCAGUGGGGUUUCAUUGCUAAUCUUUUUUUAUGUUUUUGAUGUUUUCUAUGAUUAGACAUUUGAUGCAUAUGUUGUUGGCAAGCACGAUGCUCCUGGAAUUUUUGUGCUUCAGGAGUGGUGGGGUGUGGAUUAUGAAAUCAAAAAUCAUGCUGUCAUGAUUUCUCAGCUUGGUUGUGGAUUUAAGGCUCUUAUUCCAGAUCUGUACAAAGGAAAGGUUGGUCUAGAUGUUGCAGAAGCGUAGCAUUUGUUUGACGGUCUUGAUUGGCAAGGUGCUGUGAAGGAUGUUUGUUCUUCAGUUAACUGGCUUAAAAGUAAAACAAAUGGUUCGAGGAAGGCUUUUGUAUGGGGGGUGCUCUCGCUAUUGCCAGCUCUGUCUUGGUUCCAGAUGUUGAUGGUGUUGUAGCUUUUUAUGGUGUUCCUUCUGCUGAGCUUGCAGACCCUGCCCAAGCCAAGUCUCCUGUUCAGGCUCACUUUGGCGAGCUGGACGAUUUUGUUGGCUUUUCGAAUGUUACGUUUUACCAGAGGGGGGAACGGAUUGAGCAAAGUGUUUCAAGGAUGAUGACAAUAAUUGAUCUUGCCCGAAACAUUCGUGAGCGUCAUAACAAGCCUCUUAAGACUCCACUCAGGGAAAUGGCGAUAGUGCAUCCUGAUGCAGACUUUCUUGAUGAUAUAAGUGGAAAGUUGAGGGAGGUUAUGGGAAGCUACUGCAUGCACAGUUAAUCAGAUUUGGUAUUGAAGACAGCCAUUGUUGACAUGUAUUCCAAAUGCAGACGGAUGGAAGAUGCAACUAAGGUCUCCAACUGUUGGUUAUUUUAAAAAUAUAGUAUGGGUAGAAGAGAAGAACGAUAGCAGAGAAUUGGGAGCAUAAAACAUAUUUUUAUUCUGCAGCAUAGCAACUGGUUUUAUACAGCAGAAUCACCAUUCACCAACAUAAAAUUCAAAUUCAAAAACAUAACAACUACUAGAUGAAAGCCUAAAAAAUAGAAGCUGAAACAGCUCUAUCUUAUCAGUCAAUAAGACUGUUAUUUUCCUAAAUAAUAGCAUAAAAAUUAAUCUUCUGCUGUUUGUUUAUUUCAAAGUCAAUCAAUCAACACUCCUCCUUGACUUUGGAACUGCAAACACCAAGCUUUUGCCUCAAGAACUCAAAUAUGGAUUUUGGAAGUGCCUUGGUUAGGAUAUCAGCUACUUGAUUUUCUGUCUUGCAGUAGAUUAGCUCCACUUCUCCUUCCCUUUGAACCUCUCUUAGAAAAUAAAGCUUUAUCUUGAAGUGCUUUAUUUUUCCAUGAAACACUGGAUCAUUGGAUAUUGCAAUUGCAGCCUGAUUGUCCACCAAAAUCUGAGUGCUAUCAUGUUGUUCCAUAUGCAAAUCUGCCAUGAUUUUCCUAAUCCAAAGAGUUUGAUUCACAGCAGCAGCAACAACUACAUACUCGGCUUCCGCUGUAGACUGAGCUAUAAUUUCUUGCAUUUUAGAACACCAUGAAAAAACUCCAGAACCAAGAGUAAAACAAUAACCAGAGGUGCUUCUCAUGUCAUCAACACAUCUUGCCCAAUCACUAUCAGAAUAACCAUGAAAGCUGAAGCUUUUUACUUGCCUGUAUCUUAUUCCAUAAUCAGUGGUUCCUCUAACAUAUCUAAGAAUUCUUUUUGCUGCUUGAAAAUGAAUUUCACUUGGACAAUGCAUGUACCUUGAUGUACUUGUUAAAUACAUCAAGCAUCCUAUUAAGCUUCUGUACAACUUUUCAUCAAUCUUUUCAGCUCCAUCUUCUUUGCAAAACUUCUCCUUUUGAUUCAUUGGAGUAGCUGUUGGAUGGCACUCUUCCAUGUUGAACUUCUUGAGGACUUCCUUUGCAUACUUUUCCUGACACACAAAUAUUUCAUGUUGCUUUUGCUGCACUUGCAUACUAAGAAAGAAUGUCAUCUUUCCAAGAUCGGUCAUUUCAAAGACAUCUUCCAUUUCUUUUUUAAACUUGUCAAUCAUCUUCUUGCUACUUCCUGUAACAAAUAUAUCAUCAACAUAUAUAGAUAACACAAGUAUAUCUUCAUCCACCUUUUUAACAUAUAAGGUAGACUCACUUAGACUUUUCACGAAGCCUAAGCUUUCUAAAUGUGUAUCAAUUCUGCUGUACCAAGACCUUGGUGCUUGUUUUAAGCCAUACAAUGCCUUCUUUAAUCGAUAAACCUUAUCUUUGUUGGUUAUUUUAAAAAUAUAGUAUGGGUAGAAGAGAAGAACGAUAGCAGAGAAUUGGGAGCAUAAAGCAUAUUUUUAUUCAGCAGCAUAGCAACUGGUUUUAUACAGCAGAAUCACCAACAUAAAAUUCAAAUUCAAAAACAUAACAACUGCUAGAUGAAAGCCUAAAAAAUAGAAGCUGAAACAACUCUAUCUUAUCAGUCAAUAAGACUGUUAUUUUCCUAAAUAAUAGCAUAAAAAUUAAUCUUUUGUUGUUUGUUUAUUUCAAAGUCAAUUAAUCAACACCAAUCAAUCAACACCAACAUAUGAAUGCUCAAUAUGAUGUGUGCUUGUGGACCGCCAUUAUCUCUGGAUUUACUUUGCAGGUUAGAGAGGCUAUCAAUGCAUUUCUUGAUACGGAAUUGUCUCGAAUCCUACCAAAUAAUUUUACAUAUGCUAGUUUAUUGAAUGCUAGCUCCUCAAUCUUAUCAUUGGGCCUGGGGGAACAAUUUCAUUCACGGGUCAUCAUAAUUGGACUGGAGGAUGAUAUAUAUAUGUGGGAAAUGCACUGGUGGAUAUGUACAUGAAAUGCUCCAACAUCAAAAAGGUGCUAUGAAAGCUUUUAGAGCGAUAGCCUCACCAAAUGUUAUCUCUUGGACUUCUUUGAUUGCUGCUUUAGCAGAACAUGGAUUUGAAAAAUAAUCUUUUGAAUUGUUUGCUGAGAUGCAAGCAGCUGGAAUGCAACCAAAUUCCUUUACUCUAUCUACUGUCCUUGUAGCUUGCAGCAAUAUAAAGUCUCUUGUUCAAACUAUGAAACUCCAUGCACAUAUCAUAAAAUCAAAAACAGACAUUGAUAUAGCUGUCUCUUGUAGAUGCUUAUGCUGGAGGGGGAAUGGCGGAGGAAGCAUGGUCUGUUAUUGGCAUGAUGAAUCAUAGAGAUCCCGUGACAUACACAAGUUUAGCUGCAAGGUUAAACCAGAGGGGAGAUCAUGGCAUGGCAUUAUAAGUAGUGACUCGCAUGUGCAAUGAUGAGGUUAAGAUGGAUGAAUUCAGCUUGGCGAGUUUUCUAUCAGCUGCAGCUGGCUUAGGAACUAUGGAAACUGAAAAGCUAUUCUGUCAAAUCAGGUUUUGAGAGAUGUAACUCAGUUUCAAACAGCUUAGUACACUUGCACAGCAAGUGCGGUAGUAGGCGCGAUGCAAACAGAGGUUUUAAAGAGAUAACUGAGCCAGAUGAAGUUUCAUGGAACGGUUUGAUAUCAGGAUUGGUAUCAAAUGGACAAACAUCCCAUGCUCUUUAUGCCUUUGAUGAAAUGAGGUUAGCAGGAGUUAGAAAGCAACGUCUGUCGGUAUCCUCAUUGUCGUUUACUCAAUAUUUUCCUUAUAAAAUUCUGGGUAUAUGAUAUUUGUUAUUUUAAUAACACAACUGAAGAUGAGGAAGCAAGUUAGAACCUCCCUUCCCUAUAAGACAAAAGACACAUAAUGUCUUCUAUUGAUUCCCACUGUUGCUAUACUUUUCCAUAGCAUAGUGUCGCAAAAAUACAAGGCAUAGAGACACAUACAGAUAUCCAAAUAUGCGAUUGUAAGCUAAAAUAAUACAAAGUUGAAAUGAUAUGACCUUUGGUUCUAGUUAAGAAUUAUCAUAUGUUAAACAACAUAUUUUUAUUUGAA